UGUGUCAGUGCGGGCCGCUGCGUUUUGGCCUGCUGCCUUACAUGGGCAAACCUCUGAUCUGACUGAGACGGCUGGAAUUUCGGGGCGUGACGUCACUGCCUUCAACUCUCCCACAACUUGGAUCAAGAAAAGUUGGACUUCUUCUUUUUUUGGCUGUUUUUUUUUUUUUUGGAGGAUUUCAGCCUCUCUCGUGUUUCCUAGAAAGCGAGAUUUCAACACACUGCAAAGGACUUCAGCUGUCUUUCAGAAAUUCCAAAGAGGAAAAUAAAGGUGACUGAUCCUGUGAUCCCGACCAUCCUUAGUGUUAGUCCGUGUUAGUAUUUAGAGCCAUGUGGAACCCACCAAAUGACCAGACAGGACAGAUAGCUGCCAGGAUGGAGACUACUCCGUCUUUGGGAAGUGCCAGCAUCUCCAUCUCUCAGCAGCAAUCCCCCAAGAAAUUUGCCCCCGUGGUCGCACCCAAACCCAAGUUCAACCCUUUCAAACAGAUGGGAGAAUCCAGCCAGUCUGAUCCUGCAGUGGACUACCCUCCCCCUCCGCCACCUGCCGAAGAGUUGUUCGGUUUCCCAUCAUCACCCGGUUCCUUCCCCUCUCCGCCGCCGGAUAACUCGUAUGAUUACCAGAUGAAAAGACCUGAGAAGACUCUGGAAGAGAGGCGCUCCAGUCUGGAUGCAGAGAUCGACUCUCUCACCAGCAUCCUAGAAGACCUGGAGAGCAGCUCGCCGUACAAGCAACGAGGCAUGCAAAAUGCUGGAUCCUUCGCAGGCUCUACCCCCAACGCUCCAGUGACGGGUUACAAGCGCAUGGUCAUUCCAAAUCAGCCGCCUCUGACUGCUACAAAGAAGACCAUGCCCAAACUGCAACCUCAAGCGGGAGUCUCAUCUGUCCCACCCCCCUCUGUCAGCCCUGUAGCCAAGCCUCAAAGCAGCAUGGCUCCUCAGCCUGUUCCAGCCUCCUACACCACAGCAUCAACCCCAAGUCAGCCUACCUUCAACGUCCAAGUGAGGUCUGCCCAACCCAGCCCCCAGCAUCAAGCCCCUGCUGGCCACCAUUAUGGCCAGCAGCCAAUUCGCAGCCCUUCACAGGUGCAGUACAUGCCUGCCCAACCCAAAGGUCCUGACUUCGCUUAUGGACCGCCACAACCUGGCUUUUCCCCCAUGGCAUAUCAGGAACAGCAGUACCCCGGAGGACCUCAGUUAGGGGGGAUAGGCUCUAGGAGACCUGAUCCAGUCCCAGCCCAGGCAUACCAACCGGCAGGCCCCAGGAAAACCUACAUCACAGAUGUUCCCCAAAGCUUGGCCCCAUAUACCUCCGGACGAGAUGUUCAACCAAAGGGCAGUGCUCCUGUGGCGCACCCUGAGGAUGAACUAGAACGCCUGACCAAAAAGAUGCUGUUCGACAUGGACAACCCUCCAUCUGAGGAAUAUUUCGGACGCUGUGCCAGCUGUGGGGAGAAUGUGGUAGGUGAGGGCACCGGCUGCACCGCCAUGGACCAGGUGUUCCACGUCGACUGCUUCGUCUGCAUGACCUGCAGCACCAAGCUGCGUGGCAAACCCUUCUACGCUGUUGAGAAGAAGGCGUACUGUGAGCCUUGCUACAUCAAUACUCUGGAGACCUGCAACCACUGCAGUAAGCCAAUAAUGGAGCGCAUCCUGCGGGCGACAGGCAAGGCCUACCAUCCUCACUGCUUCACCUGCGUGGUAUGUCACCGCAGUCUGGACGGGAUCCCUUUCACUGUGGACGCCUCCAACCACAUCCACUGCAUCGAGGACUUCCACAAGAAGUUUGCUCCGCGCUGCUGUGUGUGCCAAGAGCCCAUAAUGCCAGCAGCGGGCCAGGAGGAGACGGUCCGUAUCGUGGCCCUGGAUCGUGACUUCCACGUGCAGUGCUACUGCUGCGAGGACUGCGGCUCUCUGCUGUCGGAGGGGGACAACCAGGGCUGCUACCCCCUGGACGGGCACGUCCUCUGCAAAAACUGUAACAGCGGCCGGAUCCAGGCGCUGACCGCAAAGGCCACCACUGAUCUCUGAGCAGCCAGCCCCCUGCUCAGCUUCACUGUGAUUACCCAGCAAGCACUCUUUCCUUGUUUCUUUUGUGCCUACAUUCCCAUCCACUGAAGCCCACAACCGUCAGCAUCCACACCGUAUAUCCUCCUAUAAUAUCCUCCUGUAUUUAUGCUCACCUUAAGUUACGAGGAACAACAUCACGUGUUCACCUUUGACAUGUAGCACUGACGCGGUACAAUCACUGCAGGGAAGCUUUAUGUUAUUGAACUCUGCUUUAAAGCCAGCCACUAAUUACAAGAAGUGAGCUGCUGCCUUUUAUAUUCGCUCCCAACCUAUCGGGUAAUAAUCAAAAUAAUACAUCACCCAGUGUUAGAUUAUAAGUCACCAUUUAUAUCAGGGCUUCGUUCAGUCAGGCUGCAAGAGUGAUUAUUCAUCAACCCAAAUGUUUCUCCAUCAGGCUUCCCUCUUAUGUUCUAGAAACCAGUCUGCCCCACCAGUACACAGCAUGUUUGACAAAUUUACCCAGCAGGUAGACAUGUUUGUUUGUGUGUGUGUGGUUGAGGCUCUGGCUUUUUUUUUUUUUUAUUAACUUGUUUAAAAAAUGUAGCGCAGAAACACCAAACAGCAGGGGAUAAUAUUACACAGUGACGAGCAGAAUUCAACACCACUUCAACAUAAACGGCCACCAAAGACCCGUAGUUGAACCCUAACCUUUUCUGUUUCCUUGUUUGAUAUCCAAGUGUAUUGAAUGUUAUUUACUUUAUGCUGAUUGGGACCACAAAGAGUACAAUCAAUCAGUUCCACUGUCAGGAACCAAACUUCCAACAUUCGGCUUUUUGGUGCUUUUAUGACACAUGAAUCUUCUCAGACUUUCUGCUGUAUUCAGUAGAUUAACUUCAGGUGACCGAAACAUUUCGAUCAUACUAUGCAGCCUUAUUUUAAUAUUACUGUAAUAUCGCCCCCUUUAUUGUAAGAAAAUUGUAAGGGAUACGAAUGAAUACACUCCUAUGCAAUUUUCAACGCUAAGUGCAUUGACACUUUAGAAAAAUGAAACGAUGAAUAAGAAAAUAUUUUACUUGUACAUAUUGGAAUUAAGUGUCCUUAUAGCACCCUUUAGAUUCAUACUCUGAUGUUGGUACUCUGUGUGUGACUGUGCUGUAUGUCAGUAUUUACAUUAUGCUAUUUAGUGUUAGUGUAAAGUUGAUGGGAGGACAAGGGACAGAAAAGUAUUUUUCCGGUAUCUUUAAGUAAUCUGCCAAACGAACAAUCGGUUUCUUCUUUCUCUCCACUCUAAUUGCUCCAACUAGACUCAUAAAUAUUUAUGAUAACGAGUUCAAGGUACAGUGUGAAGUUCAACAUUGGCUGACAGCUGUUUGCUGGAACAUGUGUUGAAGAGGAAGACUCCGCCCACAAAAGGCGGUGAAACGUUAAAUCUGAAUGAUUGUAUUAAAUAAUCUUAAAUCAACAAUUAACGAAACAAUCCUUCAUAUGAGUAACACUGAAGCGUCAUGUUUAGUGGCUGACUUGAAAUGUUCACAGGGUACCUUGAAGCAGUAAACACAGGGGAAAGUAAAGACCAAUAAAUGCCAAUUUCUGAUUUAAUUAUGGACAAAGACUUUAGUUAUAGUAUUUUCUCUCCUUAUUGAUUCUUUUGCUUAGUAUGUGUUCUAAUUACAAGUGAUGCUAUAAACAAAAACAGCAAAAAAAAAUCUCUUAGCAGUGCAUAUCGUGUUACUGCAGAUCAGGAUGUGAUUAGACUGUGGCGAUAAUGUUACCAUGGGAACACUGUAAAUAACUGCUAAUGAGGCCGCUUUCAGUUAAUUCUGAGUGCUGCAUUGAUAUUUGUCAGAGGCUUUUCCCUAAAAAUAGCCCAAACUCAGGAAUUGACAUGUGACAUAUUUAGAUUUCAGGGUGAGAAGGUGGCAGACUGGUAGACAGAAAGAAGCACCCCGAGCAGGAAGGAAGCGAUGACUGCUUCUCGAAAGGUUAGACAACCUGAACCCCUGAAUCCUCGGGGAGUUCUCCAUCAAUAUUAGGAACCCGUUGGUUAUUUUUUAAAUGGCCGCAUUCUUCGCCUCAUGGGAAAAGUGAAAUGUCCUCUGUUUUAAAUUAAACUAUAGGUACUCUGAAGAAAGUGUGCUUCUCUUGGUUAACAGUUGUUUACCAUAGAAAGAAAAAAACAGAUGGCACACAGAUUUGUUUUUUAUUUCAAGAGUUUUCAUUUAUACCCACCAUUGUAAGAGCAAAAUAUUAGUUAGGAAAGGCUAACAACACAGCUACCUACAAAAAAACAGCAAACAAUAGUCAAAUGGAUAGUUCAAUAUUUUUUAAGUGAGGUUCUGUAAAAUUAUUACAACUGGUUGCCUUACUGGGUGUUACAUCUCCAUAAGGCAAACAGCUAGCCAGGCGGCUAAAGCCAGUUUAACUGAUUUUAGCGACUUAAUACAGCUCAAACUGCAUUAGCAGAUACUAAACAUGUACGCUGUCACAGGAAAUGGUUGUUGCCAUUUUCUUAGCCGAACAACAUCCUUGUUGCUACGCUGGUUGGCUACGUUCGCCAUGGGUGCAGUUAACCCUUUGGCUUUUUUCAUUUAUGCAACAGUAUUAUUGAUGGGAUGUUCCUGUGCUCUCCAAGUCUCCGAGUUGAUUGGAAAUGAUCCCGGUGGACAUAACUUUGUGUUAUGACUUUGUAAAUAUAAUCCUUCAAAAUCCAUUUUCAUCUUUUUUUAGAACGUUUUUUUUUUAAGAAGCAACCUAAAUAAUUUAAAAAAUGAAUACAAGUGAUUUAUGUGCCCUGGUUAUGAACAUAUUUAAUUUGAGUUGUUUAAAAUAGCCAGAACAGGGAAUAUUUCCUCUUUUCUACAAACGUACACGUAUGACCUUCUGACACAGCUAAAGGAAGUAUUACUGAUAACUUUAAAGAACCUCCCUUCCAAAAAUCUGAACUAUCCAUUUUAAAAUAAAGAUGAGUGACAUUUCUGCUCUUAGGUAUGAACUAAAUCAUUUCUGAAUGUCAGGGUUGGCAUUUUGAGCAGGUUUUCUACAAAGUUUUAUAUGGUCUCACUUCUUUGAAGCAUCAUAUAGUUUAGCCUACUGUGUGAUAUAAGAACUUUGUGUGAUGGUUCGACAAGUCCAAAGAUCAGUGGUCUCUUGUUUUUGUUUUAUUUUUUGUUGUCUGCUGUCCCUGACCGUAGAAGUGCCUUCAGUAUCACAUCCCUAUACUGUUGCUGUGUAUUUCUUAUCUGUGCCUCGAAGAUUUCGCCUUGUUUACUAUCCAAAGUAAAUACAGCUUCUCUCUAGUUUGGACCAUGUUUCCAGCAGGUUGGACGCUUCAGGCCGCAGCAACUGUGUUUUAAGUGUUGAUCAGAGUAAACUCUUCCAGCCUAUCAAAGCAAAGAGUCUGUUCUGAAUCUGUAGAAGGGCCAUCAUGUAGUCCUGUAUUUCUUUUCUUCUUCAAUAAAAGCUUUUCAAAAGCA